CUCUGUGCCGUGGAAACUGGCCGUGGCUGCGGCCGCCGCCUGCGUGCGCGCAGCUCCCUGCUUCUCCUCGCUCGAGUCUCGGCGCUGAGAGGCGGCGGCCGGCGGGAUGGAGAAAAGUAGGAUGAACCUGCCCAAGGGGCCGGACACGCUCUGCUUCGACAAGGACGAGUUCAUGAAGGAAGAUUUCGAUGUGGAUCACUUUGUAUCUGACUGCAGGAAACGCGUGCAGCUGGAAGAACUGAGAGGUGACCUAGAACUCUACUACCGACUCCUUAAGACAGCCAUGGUGGAGCUUAUCAACAAGGACUACGCGGAUUUUGUCAACCUUUCCACAAACUUGGUCGGCAUGGACAAAGCCCUCAAUCAGCUUUCUGUGCCUUUGGGACAGUUACGAGAAGAGGUUCUGAGCCUCAGGUCAUCUGUCAGUGAAGGGAUCCGGGCGGUGGAUGAACGGAUGUGUAAGCAAGAGGACAUCAGGAAGAAAAAGAUGUGUGUGUUGAGGCUUAUACAAGUUAUUCGGUCAGUUGAAAAAAUUGAAAAAAUCUUAAAUUCUCAAAGUUCUAAAGAAACAUCUGCACUAGAAGCAAGCAGCCCACUUUUGACUGGACAGAUUUUGGAGAGAAUUGCCACAGAAUUUAACCAGUUACAGUUUCAUGCAGUUCAAAGCAAAGGCAUGCCUCUCUUGGACAAAGUAAGACCACGGAUAGCUGGCAUUACAGCCAUGUUGCAGCAGUCCCUGGAAGGCCUACUGUUGGAAGGGCUCCGCACCUCCAGCGUUGAUAUAAUACGGCACUGCUUGCGGACCUACGCCACCAUUGACAAGACGCGGGAUGCCGAGGCAUUAGUGGGUCAAGUUCUGGUGAAACCAUACAUGGAUGAGGUGAUUGUAGAGCAGAUUGUUGAGUCUGAUCCGAAUGGCCUUCAGAUCAUGUACGAUAAGCUCCUGGAGUUCGUUCCUCACCAUUGCCGCCUUCUUCGAGAAGUCACAGGAGGGGCCGUCUCGAGUGAGAAAGGCAAGAGUGUUCCUGGAUACGAUUUUUUGGUGAAUUCUGUCUGGCCAGAAAUAGUACGAGGAUUAGAAGAAAAACUGCCUUCUCUUUUCAAUCCCGGAAAUCCUGAUGCAUUUCACAAGAAAUACACCGUAAGCAUGGAUUUUGUGAGAGCGUUUGAGCAGCAGUGUGGAACACAGGCCAGCGUGCGGAGAUUAAGAGCACAUCCCGCCUACCACAGCUUCAAUAAUAAGUGGAACUUGCCUGUUUAUUUUCAAAUAAGAUUUAGGGAAAUCGCAGGAUCCUUAGAAGAAGCACUUACAGACGAAUUGGAGAAAGCCCCAGCUGGCAGUGCAUUUUGCCUUUUGGCUUCUCACAGAACGUGGAGCAGCCUUCAGAGGUGCUGGUCAGAUGAGAUGUUCCUGCCGGUGCUGGUGCAUCGUCUCUGGAGGCUCACGCUGCAGAUUUUGGCCCGGUACUCCGUGUUUGUCAGGGAGCUUUUACUCAGGCCCAUCUCUAACGAAAGUGCCAAGGAUAUCAAAAGGCCUUUGGGAACCACUAGCAAAGAUCCCUCAGUUACCCAGGGAAAUGGCGAAGACCAAGGAGGUGGCCCUUCGGAAACAAAGUCCGUGGCUUCCAUUUCCAGCACACACCUUGUGUACGUGGUCGCCGACCUGGACAGGCUGCAGGAGCAGCUUCCAGAACUCUUGGAAACAAUCAAGCCAAAACUUGAAAUGAUUGGCUUUAAGAAUUUCUCUUCUAUCUCAGCAGCCCUGGAGGACUCCCGGACAUCUCUGUGCGCCUGUGUCCCGGCCUUGAGUGACAGAAUCAUCCAGGACUUGAGUGAGUCUUGCUUCAGUUACCUGAAAAGUGCCCUGGAGGUUCCCAGGCUCUACCGCAGAACCAACAAGGAAGUGCCGACAGCAGCCUCCUCUUACGUGGACAGUGCCCUGAAGCCCUUUCGCCAGCUGCAGAGUGGGCACAGGGAUAAGCUGAGACCGGCAAUAAUCCGACAGUGGCUGGAAGGCGCCCUCUGUGAGAGCACUCAUAAGUACUAUGAAACCGUGUCUGACGUUCUGAACUCGGUGAAGAAAAUGGAGGAGAGCCUGAAGCGGCUGAAACAAGCCAGGAGAACCACUCCCGCCAACCCCGUGGGUCCCGGUGGCGGCAUGAGCGACGACGACAAAAUCAGGCUGCAGUUGGCCUUGGACGUCGAGUACUUGGGAGAGCAGAUACAAAAGAUGGGCCUGGCGACAAAGGACAUAAAGAGCUUCCCAGCACUCGCCGAGCUGGUUGCUGCCGCCAAGGACCAGGCAACGGCAGAGCAGCCAUGAGCAUCCGGGAGGGCCUGCAGGGAGGGGGACAUUGGACAUGGAGCUGGAAGGGAAGAAAGUGGCUCCGUCCCUGCUCCCGGUCCCCGCGGCCAAGAAGUGCUUCCACGGCGUCUUGGACGACGCACUAGCGCAGCUGCUCUCCGCCCGCUGGGGUCUCCUCCCUCCCAGAACAGAACACAGAAGCCUUUUUCCGUUGUAUGGAAGAUCAUUUUUAAGACACUUGAAACUUUCUACUAUAGUUUACAGAGCAAAUUAUUUUAUUUUUAUUGUAAAUCUUAGCGUGGAAGAGCUGAUUUCUAAAAUAGGAUUAAAGUGAAUAUAUAGGUAUGACUCUGGAAGGCUGGGCCCCAAUCCGAUCCCACCGUCGGAAGCGCCCACCUGCAGGGGGCCACCGUGUGGGGUGGCUCCCUGUCCUCUGCCCCGGAAAGUCGGCACACGCCGUGACUCCUCGUGACGCCUGGAGAAAGGCAUCCUCCCACCGGGUGCACAGCGGGAGUGCGUCUGGUCACGCUGUCCCGGCAGGAGCUGGGACCUCUAGGAAGACGAGUUUCCUGAAUAAAGAAGUGUCUGCCAGCA